AAGACAAAGAGACGACUGACAAAAGUGGAUGUGUCUGAGUGUCUCUCUCUCUCUCUGUGUGUGUGUGUGUGUCUGAUUCUCCUCUCGGACGAGUAAUUGUAACCCCAGCCAUGGCUAAACUUGUGGAGUGUGUGCCCAACUUCUCAGAGGGGCGAAGCAAAGAGGUGAUAGAUGCCAUCGCAGAAGCUAUCUCUGGUACGGAAGGAUGCAGCCUGCUGGACGUGGAUCCAGGUUCCUCCACAAACAGAACAGUCUACACGUUUGUGGGGUCACCCCAGGCGGUGGUGGAGGGGGCACUGAAUGCAGCCCGCGUUGCCUUUCCGCUCAUUGACAUGACCAAACACUCAGGGGAGCAUCCUCGCACUGGAGCCAUGGAUGUGUGUCCCUUCAUCCCCGUCCAGAAUGUCACCAUGGAAGACUGUGUUACCUGUGCCAACCUGUUUGCUGAGAGAUUGUCUGACGCGCUACACAUCCCUGUGUAUCUAUAUGGAGCAGCAGCUCGUCAGGAGAGCAGAAGAUCCUUGCCCGCUGUACGUGCAGGAGAGUACGAAGCACUACCGGAGAAGCUAAAGAAGAGUGAGUGGGCCCCUGACUACGGACCUGCCACAUUCGUUCCCUCCUGGGGGGCCACGGUGACGGGCGCUCGGAAGUUCCUCAUCGCCUUCAACAUUAACCUGCUAAGCACCAAGGAGCAGGCCCAUCGCAUCGCCCUUGAUAUCCGGGAGCAGGGAAGAGGCAAGGACCAGCCAGGUCUUUUGAAAAAGGUGCAGGGGAUGGGCUGGUUCCUGGAGGAAGCCAAUCUGGCCCAGGUGUCCACAAACAUCCUGGACUUCGAGCUGACUCCACUUCACACAGUCUAUGAGGAGAUCUGCAGAGACGCCCGGGAUCUGAAUCUGCCCGUGGUGGGGUCCCAGAUCGUGGGUCUGAUUCCUCUCCAAGCUGUCCUGGACUGCGCUGACUUCUACAUCCAGAGGGAGAAACUGUUCGUCGUCGAGGAGGAGCACAAAGUGCGGCUGGUCAUCAACAAGCUGGGGCUGGACUCGCUAGGGCCGUUUGCACCAAAGGAGAGAAUCAUUGAGUACAUGGUGAAGGACAGUGAAGAGGACAGCCGUCUGGUGUCUCAGUCCCUGCAGCAGUUCGUGCGCAGCGUGGGGGCCAGGACCGCUGCCCCCGGGGGGGGCUCUGUCUCCGCCGCGGUUGCUGCCAUGGGGGCGGCUCUUGCUGCCAUGGUGGGGCAGAUGACAUAUGGGAAGAGGCAGUUUGAGAACCUGGACGGGGCGAUGAGGAGGCUGAUCCCACCCUUUCACCAGGCCAUGAAUGAGCUGCUGGAAAUGGUGGAUGCAGAUUCCACCGCCUUCAACUCGUACAUGACAGCUCUGAAAAUGCCAAAAAGCAGCCCAGAGGAAGUGAAAAGGAGGGAGGUGGCGAUGCAGGAGGGCCUGAAGAAAGCGGUGGGGGUUCCCCUGGCUCUGGCCGAGAAGGUCACCCUACUGUGGCCCUCUCUCAAAGAGAUGGUUCUCCACGGAAACGUGGCCUGCAAGUCAGACGCCCAGGUAGCGGCGAAAGCCCUGGAGACGGCUGUGUUUGGAGCCUACUUCAAUGUCAUCAUCAAUCUGAAAGACAUCACCGACGAGUCCUUCAAAAGCACCACUCAGCAGAGAGCCACGGCGCUGCUCGAAGCGGCCAAAGCGAGCGCCAGCGACGUCCUGGAGGCCGCGGACACCAGGCAGUAGCGAGGGCCCGGCCAGGACGUGACCCGAACUCGGCCCCGAUUGGCCCCCGGGGUGGCGUCUUCACAAGCGCCCUUUUCCACUGCUCAAUUAAACAUCAUCACUCGUGUUACA